AUGCCCAGCAGCAAGGCCGAUGACGCGAGCGUGCCCAUGGCGCCGACGCCCGCCAUCGAAGGCGUCGACCACAACGGCCUCGUCGUGGGCAAGUGGAAGAUGGGACUCUUCAGUAGCUGCUACAUGAUGUGCGUCCCCAAUGCCAUCACGUCGUUCUUCUGUCCGGGCGUCUCCAUGGCGCAGGUGUGCGCGCGGCUGGGCAUCGCCAACUUCUUCACGGUGCUCUUCUCGUACGUCACGCUCGCCGUGAUCAUGGGCGUGCUGGUGACGCUCUUCACGAUCCGCAUCCGCUUCCGCAUGCGCUACCUCUUCUCGAUCCCGGGGUCGUUGACGGAAGACGUGUUCGCCUCGGUCUUCUGCUGCUGCUGCUCCGUCGCGCAGAUGGCUGCACACGCCGAGUCCUUCGAGAUCAACACGUUUGCCAUCUUGCCACGGUCCACACUGCCAGGAUACACCUUCGGAUAA